AUGGAUGAUUUGAAAUUAGCGAACUUUGAAAUCCCUUCAGAUUUAAUUAAACCUGCGGAUCCACUUGAUGACUCGGAAAGUAAAUGUCGUGUUAAGAAAAGCAUGUAUUUUAAUUCACAUGUGGCUGAAAAGGAAAUCGGAAAAUUCAAAAAAAAUGAUCAAAGACUUUGUGAUUUGGAAAAAGAAGUCAAAUACAUUCAUAAAAUUUGUAAUUGUAGAUCUGUUCUUACAUUCUAUGGUUUUACUCGUCGAAACACAAGUUAUAGUGUUAUUUGGGAAUGGGGUGGUUAUAACCUACAAGAUUAUCUUGCAGAGAACCAGAAUCUGGAAUGGACAAUAAGACUGUCGAUCGCACAAGGGAUUUCUAACGCGUUGAACUUUAUUCAUAAAGAAGAGAUCCUACACUAUGACAUUAGAAGUGAACGUACGGAUCCUAGAUGGACUCCUCCCGAAAAAACUCGAGAUAAAAUGUAUACUAAAGCCAGCGAAAUUUAUAGCUUUUCCAUGGUUCUUUGGGAAAUCAUCAAUAAUCGUACUCCAUUCAACGACAUGUCGCCUGAAGAGAUAACAACCAAGGUUCUCAAUGGGGAACAUCCGCAACCCGAGAGAACCAAUGGCACACCCGUGGAAUAUCAGGAAAUAAUGGAAAAAGGUUGGAAUAUUAAUCCAACGAACCGUCCAACCGCUCAACAAAUGCUUAAUUUAUUAAGUCAUUUGGAAUCACAAGAAUGGCUUGGUCAUAGACUACCUAGAAUUGGAGAUGAUGAACACUCACAGCCCGAUUACCAAACAACACCUUUUUCACCAAAGAACUCUAAAUUACUUGAAUUUCCAAUUUCAAGAUUAACAGAUUUAGCGUCAACAUCAGACUCCUGUAAAGCGGUAUUAAAUUUGUUUGAAGAUGCAAAACGUAAUAGAGAUCUUUUUGAUAGGGGAGUGGAUAUCAUUAAUGGUGGUAAGAUCAUUCUUAAUGAAAUAAAGCAAACUAUCGAUCGAUCAACAAAUCUUUAUUGGAAGGAUUGCAUCGAAGAGUCUUCAGCUUUUCAAAAAUAUAGUAAUUAUUUAUUGAAUAUUGAGGAUGUCAAGGGAUUUAUAGAAGUUGAUGACGACGAGGUUCGACAAGAAAUAACAAUGUUAAAUGAUGAAUUAGAUAACUUAACAAAUGAAUUACGUAAAUUGGUUCAACAAUGGAAAUCAGACUUUAAAAAAUGUGGAGUGACCAAAAGAAAAUUUAAAGCGGCCGCUAAAAUGUUGAUAUUAUAUAAAUCAAUUUCGCCGCCAUCAUCUAAAAUGGACUGUGAAAUCCCAUCAUCUAAAUUGGACUGUGAAAUCCCAUCAUAUCUUGUUGAUACAGAGAAUUCAUCGGUGGUUCCUGGAAGUAAGAAUAUUAAAAAGGGGCUUUAUAUGUACAGUGCUUCGGUGGCUGAAAAAGUCGUUGGAAAAUUUGAAAAGAAUGAUCCAAAACUUAAUGAAUUACAAGACGAAAUUAAUUACCUGAAAAGACUCAGUGAAUGUGAAAAUAUUCUCAAGUUUCAUGGUCUAGUUCGUAGAAACACUAGUUUGAGCGUCAUUAUGAAAUGGGGUGAAUAUAAACUACAACCUUACCUUGAGAA